AUGGACAUCACCACCAAGCCUAAGCCCGUGAUCCUCGUGCUCUGCACGUCGAGCACCGCCCCCGGGCACGUACUACCGCUGUGCACCAUCACCAAACACCUCGUCGGGCGGGGCUUCGAAGUGACAUUCGUUGGCGGGGUGCAGCACCGCGCGCUGAUCGAGGCGAGCGGCGCGGCCUUCUUCGCCGUGCACGACAGCAUCAGCCUUGCCAAGGGGCCGUUCCGGCAGUGGGGCAUGGAGCGGGCGCGGUUCGCCGAGGGGCUGCCGCGCAUGCGCCACGACUUUGCGACGUUCUUCGUCGGCCAGGUCGCCGGCCAGUUCGCGUCGACGCGCGCCGCGCUACUGCACUUGCGCCGCCGCUACGGCUUCGCCAGGGAUAUUCUGGUGAUCAACGAGUGCAUGUGGUUUGGUUACCUGCCGUUCAAGUUCGGCGCCCCGCCGCCCGAGGGUUUCUUCCCUGAUGGUGAUGAUGGAGCGCAGAGGGCCAUGCCCAGGAGCCUCGGCGUCAACGUCACGCCGCUCAUGCUCGACAGCGUCGACACGCCCGCCAUGCCGCUCGGGCUGCUGCCGGUGCCGUCGUCAGAAGCCGCCUCCAGCAGCAGCUCGGACCUGGUGGCCGCCGUGCGCGAGCGCGACGCCCUGAUACGCGACCUGCUGUACAAGUACGUGGUCCGCGAGUCGUACGACGCGUUCCGCGAGCAGCUGCGCGCGUGCGGGGCCACGGCGGUGCCCGACGAGUGGAUGGUCAACUUGAGCGUGACGGCGCACGACACGACACUGCAGCUCUGCGACGCCGCGCUCGAGUACCCGCGCUCCGACCUGGCGGCCCACGUACGCUUCGCCGGCAGCCUGCCGCCGCGCCCGCCGCCGCCGGGCGGCUUCGCGCUGCCCGCGUGGUGGGAGCGCGACGUGCUCGCGCCGGCGGCAGCCGUGUCAGGGGCUACUACUGCCGCACCCAAACAGCCGAGGCGGCACGUUGUUGUGGUCUCGCAGGGCACCCUCGCCCGCGACUACUCGAUGCUCGUGGCCCCGACGGUGGCCGCGGUCGCGGGCCGUGAGGACGUGCUGCUGGUGGUGCUCCUCGGCAAGCCCGGCGCCGAGCUGCCGCCGGGCAUCUUACCACGGGCGCCCAGCAACCACGCUGCCGAACUGCCACACGACAACAUCCGCGUCGCCGACUUCAUCCCGUACGACGCGGUGCUGGCGCACGCGUCGGCCAUGGUGUUCAACGGCGGGUACGGCGGGUUCGGGCACUGCGUGGCGCACGGCGUGCCCAUGGUGGCGGCGGGGCUGACCGAGGACAAGUGCGAGGUGGCCGCGCGCGCCGAGUGGGCCGGCGUCGCCGUCAACCUGCGCACCGGCCGGCCGUCUGCGGCGGCUGUCGCUGCUGCUGUCGACCGCGUCCUCUACGGCGAAGCCGAGGCUGGCGGCGUCUCGCGCUAUGCUGCCCGUGCGCGCGAGUUGGCGGCGCUGGUGGCCCGCGGUGAUCCCCUAGGCGCUGUUGAGCAGGAGGUGCUGGCUUUGACUUCCUAA